AUGGAGAAGAUCGUCUUCAGAGUGAUCAUCGUUGCAGGUGUAUGCUGUCUGUCUACCAAACACGUCCAUAUCCAACGUUCUCUUACUUGGGCUGAUGCUCGAAAGUUCUGCCAAGCUAACUUCAUCAACCUUUCACCUCUCACCAGUCAGCUGGAGGAGCAGGUGUUCAGAGACACAGUGGGUGAAGAAGGCAUUAGAGGAUGGAUCGGUCUCUACUGGGAUCAAGUCAACAGCUCAUGGAAAUGGUCAGGAGGUGACAUUUUCAGUUCUUGGACAGAUAUCUACAAAGACAUUAAUUCUGAUGAUAAACUACCUGCAAACAAUCUACCUACAGCCAAUAACAUUUGGUGGACCAGAAACAAAUGGAUUUCUCUAGAUGGUACUUCCACCCAUUGGUUUUUCUGUUUGAACCUGACUGUAGUCCAGCAGGAGAAGACCUGGGAGGAGGCUCUGGAGCAUUGCAAUGAGAACCACUCCAACUUCACCAGCCUGCUCUCUAAGACUGAGAACCUUCUGGCUAUGAAUGAGAUCAAUAAAACUGGCAUCAAUGAGCGGGUGUGGAUCGGUCUGCGUUACCUUGGAGACAGAUGGCUGUGGCUGAACGGUGACCCUCUGGUGUACCAGGCUUGGUCCCAAGGAGGAGACCAGGACCAGCUGUGUCCAGUGACGAGACGCUGUGGAGCUUUAACCAAAAACGGAACGUGGGAGAACCGGGACUGUCAGGAGAAACUCCCCUUCAUCUGUGCCUGA